AAUAUUGUUAGUCUUAUAUAACAUUGCAUAUUACAGUAUAUACCGGUAGAUAAUAUUAUUAUAGACAUUAUUCAGACAUAUACUGUACAGUAGUUUAUUAUUGAAGUGUGUGUUUGUCUUAUUUGUCUUAUUGGUAAAAAACAAGCUAGAUAACAUUUUUGUGUGGACAAAAUAAUCUAGGUGUAAUUCAAACAACACGACAUUUACGACAACAAUCUAAAGGUCUAACAAAUACUACCGAAUCAAUUAACAAUAUGGUUGAUCCUAAACAAGUGCCGACUGUCAAGUUUAAUAAUGGUGUAGAAGUACCGGUUAUCGGUUUGGGCACCUGGCAGGCACCGCGCGACGGUUCACUGUACCGAUCGGUGCGUACGGCUAUCGAGUGCGGCUAUCGGCACUUUGACUGUGCACUGGUCUAUCGUAAUGAAGAGGAAACUGGACGUGCAAUCAACGAUGCCAUCAAAGAUGGUUUGGUUACCCGCGAGGAACUGUUUAUCGUAUCGAAAGUUUGGAUAACUUACCUGAAACGGGAUCGUGUGAUGGAUUGUGUGAAGAAAAUACUGGAAAAAUUUCAGACACCAUACCUGGAUCUGGCACUUAUUCAUUGGCCAAUGUGUUUUGCACAGGUAGACGAUACACUGUUUCCUACCGAUGCCGAUGGCAAGAUUAUUGGCGGCGAUGUUGACUAUAUCGAGGCGUAUCAGGGACUGGAAGACUGUGUAAAAGCCGGUCUCGUACGUAGUAUUGGUAUUUCUAACUUUACGUCGGCACAGGUAGAUAGAUUGGUUAAAGCCGUUACCAUUGUUCCGGUUACUAAUCAGGUCGAGGCUCAUCCCUAUUUGAAUCAGAAUAAGUUGCGAAAGUUUUGCGAGGAACGGGGCAUAACUUUGACCGCCUAUUCGCCACUGGGCAAUCCUGGCUCUGUCGAUAGCAAUCCACCCGAUAGGGGUUGCCUACUAAAAGAUCCGGUAAUCUUACGUUUAGCCCAAAAGUAUGGCAAAAAUGCCGGCCAGAUAUUGCUUAAGUUUCAGACUGACCGAAACAUUAUAGUUGUGCCCAAAAGUGUGAACCCGGAUCGCAUCAAAUCAAAUAUCCAGAUAUUUGACUUCAAACUAACGGAUGAAGAGCUCCAGGAGUUGGAAUCGUUGGACCGAAACUAUAGGUCCAAUUUGUUUGAGAUAACACGCGAUUUGCCUAACCAUCCGUUUGAUCCAUCGAUCGACUUUUGAAUUGAUAUAUAACAACAAUAUAUAUAUCUUAUAUAUUUAUACAUAUAUAUAUAUAUAUUAAGGUUUAAUGAAUUUUCUUUUUUUCGGAACAUUUGGUUACUCUAUACUAUAAUAAUAGUAUCUUUUUAGAUUAGAUUUAACUAUCAUAUUAAAUAUGAUUUAAAAUUUUAAUGUGUAUUACUAUUUACUGCCAAUUAUUAUUAUUAUUAUAUUGUGUUAUGUUAUGAUAUAUGUAUUAUUAUUCUUAUAU